GCAGAAGGCGAGAAGGUUGUCACACUGAUCUGGUUCUCCGCCCUCUUUUCAUGAAUCCCAGGAGACGAUGUCGAACCGUCGCAGUUGCUUCUGAUCGAACUGAGACGGCUGGAGGUGACGUGUAUGGUGGAGCGGCGAUGUGACGAUUCCGACCAACUUUCUGGAGCCGUGUGUCGUUUCUCUGAAGAUGUUUCCGUCUCCGCGCUCAGGCCCACAUCCUCCUGAGAACAUCAGCAUCUCCUCUCUCCCUGCCAGACUCCCUGUUGACCAGAAUGGAGUGACAACUGAGGAUUGUGAUGGUGACAUUACUGAGGGGAAUAAAGCGGUUGUCACGACCACACAAACUGGGGUUUUCCUGCCAAAACAGAGCGAUGAUGACGGCAUUUCUGGCUCCUACUUUGACCAAAGGAUUCACGUACCAGAGGACGAGUCAGAGAGAUGCUUCAGUUUCCGUAAGCUGUGGGCCUUCACUGGACCUGGGUUUUUGAUGAGCAUCGCGUACCUGGACCCUGGUAAUAUCGAAUCUGACCUGCAGUCUGGAGCUAAAGCUGGCUUCAAGCUCCUCUGGGUCCUUCUGGGUGCCACAGUGAUCGGCCUCCUGCUGCAGAGGCUGGCGGCGCGCCUCGGGGUGGUCACUGGCCUUCACCUGGCUGAAGUCUGUCACCGCCAGUAUCGCACUGUUCCUCGUGUGGUCCUGUGGAUCAUGGUGGAGCUGGCCAUCAUCGGCUCGGACAUGCAGGAGGUCAUCGGCUGCGCCAUCGCCUUCAGUCUGCUCUCCUCAGGCAGGAUCCCGUUGUGGGGCGGAGUGCUCAUCACCAUCGUGGACACUUUCUUCUUCCUCUUCUUGGAUAAAUACGGUCUCAGAAAGCUGGAAGCGUUUUUUGGAUUGCUCAUCACAGUCAUGGCCAUCACGUUUGGAUAUGAGUACGUGACGGUGGGUCCGGACCAGGCCCAGCUGCUGACUGGAAUGUUUGUACCCUACUGCGAAGGCUGCGGUCCGCUCCAGCUCACCCAGGCUGUGGGCAUCGUGGGUGCUGUCAUCAUGCCGCACAACAUCUACCUCCACUCUGCUCUGGUCAAGUCCCGGGAUGUCAAUCGAACAAACAAAAAAGAGGUCAGCGACGCCAACAAGUAUUUCUUCGUGGAGUCGGCCAUCGCUCUGUUCGUGUCCUUCAUCAUCAACGUGUUUGUGGUGGCGGUGUUUGCUGAGGCUUUCUACGGUCGAACCAAUGCAGAGGUGCACAGUGUCUGCAAUGAGAGCGGGACUCAUCAUUUGGAUUUGUUUCCUUUGAACAACCAGACUCUGGAGGUGGACAUUUUCAAGGGGGGCGUAGUUCUGGGGUGUUUCUUCGGCCCGGCAGCUCUCUACAUCUGGGCCAUCGGGAUCCUGGCUGCAGGUCAGAGCUCCACCAUGACUGGGACGUACUCGGGCCAGUUUGUGAUGGAGGGUUUCUUGAACCUCCGCUGGUCACGCUUCGCUCGGGUGUUGCUGACUCGCUCACUGGCUAUCACACCCACCCUGCUGGUGGCCAUUUUUCAGGACGUGCAGCAUCUGACGGGAAUGAACGACUUCCUCAACGUGUUGCAGAGCAUGCAGUUGCCGUUUGCUCUCAUCCCGAUCCUUACCUUCACCAGUUUACCAGCGCUCAUGAACGAGUUUGCUAAUGGACUGGUGAUGAAAAUCGGAGGGGGCGUGGUGAUCAUGGUGGUCUGCGCCAUCAACAUGUACUUUGUGGUGGUUUAUGUGACAUCGCUGACCAGCGUGUGGUUGUAUGUGCUGGCAGCCUUCCUCUCUCUGGCUUACCUGACAUUCGUGGGCUACUUGUCGUGGUUGUGUUUGAUUGCCCUCGGAGUGUCCCGCUUGGAUCCGACCCGGAGAAUGAACCACAUGACCAUCCUGAUUCCGCAGCAGCCAGAGUUCGAGUCCUAAGUGUCCUCUCAGGGCCACAUUGUGCAGUAAGAAGGUUGCGGAUUUGGUUCCACUGAGCAAUGCCUGGUGCAAACCUGGGAGCAAAAGGAGAAGAAAAAGUAUUUAUUUUGGUGAAAAACAACUUCAAAUGAAUGUAGGUUGGAUUAUGACUGGUGUUUGUGAGGUAUAUUUCAAUGUCUGUGGUGCAUUACAAGCUCAUGGUUUUGCAUCUAUUGCAUUUGUUUUUAUAAAUCAUAGUUCACAUUGGGAGAAAAUUUUAUGAUCUACAUUUCAUUUGUUCUCUUGACUGUUAUUAUAUAUGUAUUGU